GGCUACCUCGGGAGGGGAUCUUUCCCCAAACGACAGUCCUUUAUUCGCCCGGGAUGGCCACGAUCCGCACUUCCCUCCGAACAUGAGUCCACCCCUAACUCAACAGAUCAAUGCUGGCCAUCCUUGUUCAAACUGCAAAGAACACUGCCCAGGUUUUGAGCUGCAUUUCUGGAGAAAAAUAUGUAAACAUUGCAAAUGUCCGCCGGAGACUCAUGACAUGAGCAGCACAGGGGACCAGGAACGUAGCCUCCAGCGACUGAUCCAUGACACAAAACGUAACUCUACUUCUGAUGAUGAUAGUGGAUGUCCUUUGGAGGAAUACACCUGGGUACCACCUGGACUCAAACCAGAACAGGUACAUCAGUACUUUAGUGUUUUACCAGAGGAUAAAGUACCAUAUCUGAACAGUGUCGGUGAGAAGUAUCGGGUCCGUCAGCUGCUACAGCAGUUACCUCCCCAUGACAAUGAAGUGCGAUACUGUAAUACUCUGUCGGAGGAAGAGAAGAGAGAACUGCGUAUGUUUAGCACCCAGAGAAAACGAGAGGCUCUGGGACGAGGCAGUGUGCGGCCUCUCCCCCUCACCAUGCAGGGAAGCAUAUGUACAAAGUGCCAAGAGGUUGUACCAGGAGGUUCCAUAGCAGUAUUUGCAUCACGCGCUGGACAUGACCAGUGUUGGCAUCCGGCAUGUUUUCUGUGUACCACAUGUGAGGAGUUGCUUGUUGACCUCAUCUACUUCUUUAAGGACGAGGCGCUCUACUGUGGAAGACACCAUGCUGAGCUGAUCAAGCCACGAUGUGCUGCAUGUGAUGAGAUAAUUUUUGCAGACGAGUGUACUGAGGCUGAAGGACGAAGCUGGCACAUGAAACAUUUUUGCUGCUUUGAAUGUGACAGACAACUGGGUGGCCAGCGGUACAUCAUGAAGGAAGGACGUCCCUACUGCUGUAUAUGUUUCGAGAGAAUGUUCGCUGAAUAUUGCGACACAUGUGGAGAGCACAUUGGUGUGGACCAAGGACAGAUGACCCAUGAGGGUCAACACUGGCAUGCUACUGAAGUGUGUUUUAAAUGUCACACAUGUCAGAAGUCAUUGAUUGGACAGCCAUUUUUACCUAAACAUGGAGUGAUUUACUGUUCUGCUUCUUGUAGUCGGGCAGGAUCGAUGCAAACACAGACUCCACGUCGACCUGAGGAUUACGCGGCAGACAUUGAUGGCAUGCGACUAGGCUCCCCAGUUAGUCAUGCCCUACAGGAGAACAGUGUUAUGGGAAUUCAGGAAGCUUUGCGCCAACAGUAUUCUUUAUCUGACAAUAGUCAGCCUUCGUCAGAUCGUGAUCAAGGAUACGCUACCAGUAGUAAUAGCGAGGUAUAUGCACCAGGAAUGUACGAACCACCUCAGUCACAACUGUCUCGCGUGAGAGAUUCACAGUGUAAUUAUGAACUUAACCUGGAUGGUCUAAGUGAAACGUUACCGCCAGUAUAUGAAGGUGUGCGGAGAAAGAAACGUUUGUCACAAUUCUCUAUGCCGGAUUUGUCAAAGGAGCCAAGCUCUCCUCUGCUCAACGAGCGACACAGCAAUAGUAGUUCACGGAGUCGAAGUCGAUCUGGCUCUCAAUCAAAUCUCAAUCUUGGUGGCUUCCAUAACUAUGAGGAAAUUGGGCCAGCAUUGUUUCAGUCAGAUUAUCUUCCUAAUAACGUAUCUCAUGUUUAUGGAAACCAGCCUGAAAGGUCUCUGAGUUCAUCACAUGGCGGUAAUAUACAGAGUUACCCAGAGUUACGUAACAUACGCUGUAUAAAUCAAUCACCUCAGAAUGAGGCAAGGAAUCCCAAUCCAUUACCUGAUGGUGAAAAAAUGAACCCGAUACGUCGUCCUCCUAAUGGGCGUACUCCUCAGCCAUUACAGGCCUCACGAUACCCACGUAGUCGGAGCUUUGAGGGUCGUCCCUCAGACAGACAUCAUUAUCGUGAUUACCACAGGGAUCAUCGGAGUCAUGAACACAGAGGUCAUCACCAUGAAUCCAGAGAGUUUCUGAAUGAUUAUGAUGAUGAUCAGUGUAGUACGUGCUCCAGUUCUACAGAUUCUGAUGACUUUUAUUACUAUUAUGACAAUCCACGUAGCCACACCAAUAAAAUUUCCUACGUGGACGAUAUGGGUGUUGGUCUUGGACAAACAAAUGCCAUGAGGUCUAGGACAUCUGGUCGGCACCGUAGUAAAAACAAGCAGUGUGUCAUCUCCUAAGCUGAGGAGGUAUGAUUUAAUAUUAUCAAGUGGUCAUUUUCAUGUAGAUGGAAGGACAUCGUGAGGAUUGUUGUGUGAUAUUGUUCAAGAAAGAUAACCCUUGAAUAUUACACACUGCUUACCAAAUUGUCAAAUUCUAUUGGUAUUAAACUAAAUGUGUUCAUUACU